CUGAGAGCGACGCUUGCAGCUGAUGUACCGCUGGCUCAAAAAUGGAGAGCGACACCACUUUCAGGAGAAUAAAACCCUUUGGGACACAGAAUUAUGUAGCGCAAGAUAACGACGGCUCCCGGGACCGGGGCGUGGAUAACGGCUACAACGGUGACCCGAAGAGGAAGCCCGAAGUGAGCCUAUAUUUGCUGCGGGAAGGACUGGCAGCUUCCCUGGUCUCUGUGUUUAUUUUGGUGCUGUGGGGACUCGUUCAUUUAUCGUUACAGCAGCUCGUCAUUGGAAAGCCGAGCGGUGACUUCAACGCAGUCAGAGCAAGACAGCACUUGGAGAAGAUCACCAGCGUGGGCCCCAGGCCAGUGGGCAGCCAUGAGAACGAAGUCCUGACAGUUGGCUACCUGUUGGAGCAGAUCGAGAACAUCCGGGUUGAGACGGCAGCGGGCCCUCAUAAGCUCACGGUGGAUGUCCAGCGUCCCACCGGCACUUUCUCCAUUGACUUUCUUGGAGGCUUCACCAGCUUCUACGACCGUGUCACCAAUAUUGCUGUCCGGCUCGAGCCCAAAACCGGGACGCAGCAUCUCAUGCUCGCCAACUGCCACUUUGACACAGUGGCCAACAGUCCAGGUGCCAGUGAUGAUGCAGUGAGCUGUGCAGUGAUGCUGGAAGUCCUCCAUUCUCUGGCCAACCAGUCUUCUCCUCUGCGUCACGGAGUCGUCUUCCUCUUUAAUGGGGCGGAGGAAAAUAUCCUGCAGGCCAGCCACGGUUUCAUUACUCAGCAUCCGUGGGCCAAGCAGGUGCGGGCCUUCAUUAACUUGGAGGCUGCGGGUGUCGGGGGCAAAGAGGUUGUUUUCCAGACAGGUCCAGAGAACCCUUGGCUGGUCCAGGCCUACGUUCAAGCAGCCAAACACCCCUUUGCCUCUGUGGUUGGCCAGGAGGUGUUUCAGAGCGGCAUCAUCCCCUCUGACACUGACUUCCGCAUCUACAGGGACUUUGGUAACAUCCCAGGCAUUGAUCUGGCUUUCAUUGAAAAUGGCUUCAUUUAUCACACCAAGUACGACACUGCUGACAGGAUCCUGACCGACUCCAUUCAGAGAGCCGGCGACAACAUCCUGGCAGUCCUGAGGUACCUCGUCACAUCAGAGAAGCUGGCCGAUUCCUCAGAGUAUCGUCAUGGCAACAUGGUGUUUUACGACCUGCUUGGGGUGUUUGUGGUGGCUUACCCCGCCCGUGUAGGCACCAUCCUCAACUACAUUGUAGCCACAGCCACCUUCCUCUAUCUGGCAAAGAAAGCCUCUCUGCCAGGCAAUAGGGGUGGCCGGUAUGUCCGGGAGCUGGCCUGUGCCACAGGUGUAGUGGUGCUGAGUUGGUUCGUCACGCUGCUGUCGGUGCUGAUAGUCGCUCUGCUCGUCACUCUGCUGGGCCGCUCCAUGUUCUGGUACAACCACUUCUACGCCUCCAUCUGCCUGUAUGGGGCCGCUGCCACGGGCAAGAUGAUCCUCAUCCACACCCUGGCCAAGAACUUGUACUACGGAGGUGUGCGUUUGGUGGAGCUGGGCGAUCUCUACUUUGAUGUCAGCCUGUUGCUGUGGUGCUGCAGCCUGGUGUUGCUCACCCAUCAGGGCCUGUGUUCAGCCUACGUCCCCAUGCUCAUGGUGGCUUUCCCCCUGGCCACCAGACUGCUGCUGGCCAGAGAGUUUAAAAACAGAGGCGCCUCAGUGAAGUACAGUGUGCUCUAUCUGUUGGGCCUGGCGCUGCCUUACGUCCACUUCAUGUUCCUCAUCUGGGUCGUGUUUGAGAUCUUCACACCUAUUAUGGGUCGCAGUGGCACCGAGAUACCGCCUGAAGUAGUAAUGGCCACCCUCGUCACCUUGGCAACCAUCUUCCUCUCCUCCUUUUUUCUGCAUUUCAUCUACUUGGCACGGAGCACUAAGUGGAUCUUGGCUGGUCUGGCGUCAGUGUUCGUCGUCACGUUCCUGAUGAUGUCCUCUGGCCUCCUCUUUCCUUAUUCGGCCAGUCCAGACAGCCCACGGCCAAAAAGAGUUUUCCUGCAGCAUACAACGCGGACCUUCCACAACCUGCAGGGCCAGGUGGAGAGCCGGGACUCAGGUCUGUGGAUCAACAGCUUUGACUACACAGGCAUCCAGCACAUCACGCCUCACAUCCCCGCUAUCAACGACAGCAUCCGCACCAGCUGCCGCGAGGACCGGCCCUUCUGUGGUUACCCCUGGUUCCUGCCCGUCAAGUUCCUCAGCAAGAAGAACUGGUACCUCCCCGCUCCAGAAGUGUCUCCCAGCUCUCCUGUUGAGUUCAGCCUGCUGUCCAGAGAGGAGACCAGCUGGGGGACGGUUAAGAUGACCUUCAGUGUGAAAGGCCCCAGUCACAUGUCCCUGUAUCUGAUGCCUCAUCGAGGAGCCGGCCUCUCCACGUGGUCCUUCGGUGACGGGACGCCUCAGUUCGAUCUGAGUGGGGAAUAUUUUGUGUUCUAUUCUCACGGUCUCGACGCUCCCACGUGGACCUUCUGGUUUGAAAUACAGCCACCCAGGGACCCGGACCCCUCAGGCCCCGAGGGGAUGAUCUCCGUUGCCAUCUCCACCCACUAUUUCUUCGGACAGGACAGUAGGACUGCUCAACUGGAGGAAGUCCUCCGCAGGUUUCCCACAUGGGCUUUUCCUUCGUCUUGGGUCAGUACCUACGACAUGUACCGAUACUGAGGACGCAGCAUAUCACAGAGGACGGCGCUGAGGAGAGCUGAGGGGUCAAAGGCCCCCACCCCCCCGAGACAUACAAACAGAUUUUAAGGAACAAUACUGAGGACCAGCCUGGGCGCCUUUUCUCUCUGACACACUCUAACACACCCUCCUGCUCCCUGAGAGACCCCCAUCACUGUGUCAGUAGGCUUAGUAGCUAACCGAGCAGGAAGACGCGCAGAGACACUGCAGAGGUAAGCUGAUCAGAGAGCUUACAAACUCAACGGCCGAGGCACCGGCAAACUCAAGCCUCGUGCUCUCUCCUGGGUUAGUGAAACAAAGGGGUUACGUUUCUUCUCUUUUUUUUAUCAAUCUGUCGUGCCUUUGCUUUACUCGAUCCAUCCCACCCCCUCCUCAUGCUGAAUUCUUCCUCUAUGAAUUACCACUUCACCUGCUCACACCCUAUCAGCUAACCCCUCAGAUUAGAUCUGGCUUCCUAUGCAGGAAUUAACUCCACCACUACCUGCACUGUCGGAGUAGAUACAUACCGAUGGAUCUGUUUGGAUAGGAAACUGUUUUCAGUUCGACCCUUUCUCUGACUUUGACUGGAAACGUUGACACUUUGAAAGUUGCUUUUGUUUAUAUUCUGAGGUUUUUUUACCGGUGAAAUUGCUCCUUAUAAUUCCUCAGUAACACCACUGAUUUGCAAGUCGUACCCCUGUGUUUACAUGAGGGAAGCCAACAAUCUGCUUUAACUGUCAGAGAUCUGGCAUGCAGACGCAGAACGCUGUGCCUGUUAGAUGAAAACAGCUGACUAGAAUCAAAUUGUCAAUGUGUCCUUUUAAAGGAGCAGCCUUCCUGGGGAAUCUGUGCAGAGGGCCACGUAAGUCUUAAAGUUUUCCGCCUGACUGGAUCAAGUAAACUUGUAUCGAAUCUGGGCUUGAUGAGAACUGGCAUGGGAACAGGGCAGUCUGAACGUCCCGAUAUUAACAUUAUUCCGCGGGGCCUUGAGGGUGACCGGCCGGGAAACCAACGAAACUCCACACUCAUUACCAUCACCGGUGUCGGCUUUGUGGGAGCAUUUGCUGUCAUAUAGUUGUUUUUGUUAUUUUUUUAACUCGACUAUGCUGUACUAAGAUCUGCCUCCAGCAGCACCUAUGGAAGAUAAUCAGAAAUAAUAGAUCAUUUAAGAAAAAAGGAGACCAACAAUAAGACUUUAAAAAAAAAAUGUUACCAAAUGUAAUCACCUUCUACAGAAGAAGUGCUUGGAGGUCAUUGGGAAAUAACUGACAUUAGCCAUCACCAAAAGCAGUUAUUGGAUUAUUUGAGGGUAAAUUAAAUGUGGAUACCUUAAAUAAUUUCUGCUGUAGAAAGAUGUUUUUUAAAAAGCAUGAAAGAUGCAUCUGUAAAUAAAUAGCCAUAGCAGACUAUUGUUAUUUUGGCCCUUUAGUUGAGAAACCGUUGGUUUUUUAUCACAGAUUGUCGAAUUACACUGUGCUCAACGGUUUGUUUAAUAAGGUUGAAUUUGAAAUGUGUGUCAGAAUGUAUAUACUCAAACAUCGGUGCUGCUGCUGACAGCUCUGUCCGGUAUCUUAUCUGUGUGUGUUGCUAAUACUUCACAUAUUUCACUCAUCUCACGUGGAGCCUUUCCGUCUAAGUAUCACAACUUGCUACUUCAGAUAGCCGGCCCCUCACAGCACCACGGUACAGUCGGGGCUGGGUUACACUUGAAAAGAAGCGGUUCUUGUUCACGUUGGCCUGCUCUGGAAGGCGGAGUGAUCGGAGCGAUUACACACGGGGAUAAAGGUCAGUUAGGAAGUGUUGCACUUGGUCGCUCGUGUGUGCCAAGAAUAAAAAAUAAAAAAAUAGAGAAAGGUUACAUUUCUAACCUGGAUCACCUUAACAGAGCUGGCCAUUUAUUUGCAAAGUGGUUGUUAAUGUCGGUGUCGGAAAGUUCUAGAAACAUUUAAAUGAAAAGGUGUUGGGGAGGGGGUUUACGGAGCUGUUUCACCACCUGACAAGCCCGUCUGAGGGAGUAUACCGGCCACCACUACCUCUGCGGUGAUCAAUACUUCGAGAUAACAGCUUUUAUUGUCCUUGUGAAGACUGGUUUGAAUGUGACUGUUGGAAAUAUGGAGAUGAUUAGCUAACUAAUUUUAGAGAGAUUAAUUUAAAUGAUUAUUAAGCACCGUUAUGUUUGUCUGUGGGCUACCUCUGUGGGAUAAAAGGUAAAACCGUCCCCUUACUGCCGCUAAGGAAUCUGUGUAAUGUCCACUGAUGCCGGUCUAAAGUUUGACUCCUUCUCUACGUGGCAUCAUGUUGUUUAGUUGGGAGGUGAACUGAGCUAAACUCGUCUUUUGUCCGCUUUGUGUUACACAUGUUUUCCGACAUGCUGACACUAAGGAGGCCUUAACAUUUUGCUUCCGAUGACACGCACUAUUUACUGUCGCGGACACAAACGUCUCGGUGGUUUUUAAAGCCGCCAGGUGCUGCACUGUACAGAGUUUACGUACGGGAACUGUUGGGGAGUUAAAACUUAAAAUCCACCACAGCCUUAGACGACACUUGGCAGUUAACGGUCCUACUCUGCUCUUUCUCUUAUGCACAAGUCUUCAAAGUAUCUGUGUGUGAGAGGAGAUGUCAAUCAGCUGGAUGAAGACAAAUCUGUCCUCAGUGUCCCUUUAUAAAACUAAAUACAUCAGACCUCUUCUGUUAUGAACUAACUUAGACUAGGACGAGUUUUUUUGUAAUUGGCCGGUGAUUGACAGAGGGAUUUGAUACUACUCAUCACAUGUUUUUAUUUGUUAACCCUAAUAGGAACAUCCCUGUGUUUUGUGUGCGUUUUAGCCAUUAACCACAGAUACUACAACAGUGGAAGCAGGUUGUUCACUUUGGUGGAUUCCUCUACCGAAAGCUCCCCGGUAUGGACAACAGUUGGCAGUAAUGUAAAUGUGUGAACCUGGAACAGAAGCUACUGCAUUAACUCAGAGAUGCUAUACAACCUCAACACACACACACACACACACACACACACACACACACACACACACACACACACACACACACACACACACACACACACACACACACGUACCCAUCAGUGUAUAGAUGCUAAUUUAACGGACAUGAGUUGAUCUAGGUCUGUUUUAUUGAAAGUGAAUAUGCAGAGCGUCAAUGGGAGAAAAAGCUUUAUUAACUACCGUUAAUGGUUAUUUUAAUAGUGAUUUUUGUUGAAGGAAAAUGUGGAAAUAAGACUGAGUUUGUUCAUAUUUCCAGCAACAUAACAGUUUAUCAAAUGACCCUCAAAGUGUCUAUCUGACUUUCAAGGUGUGCUUAGAGCUAUAAUGUUAAAUGGGUUCACGGUUAAUGACUAACACGUUUGUUUGAAUAAAAGCACGAUGGCAAGAGGAACUGCUGUAAACGUCAUACACAGUACAGUUGAAAGACGUCUCGACUUGAAACGCUGUGAAGCGGCUCCCCUGGCGCCGUUGGUGCUGCCACUGUUAGACUGAUAGAGCUAAACAUAAAUUAAACAUUGAUUUUAAGAAGUGAUUUUAAAUAGUUUGCGACAGAAUCUAAUGUAACUCAGUUCUGAGAGGCUGCGCAGUGCGUUCUUGUUGUGCACACUAGGAUGUAGCUUUAUCUUCAUCACAUAAAUCAGUGUUCCUGUACUGACAUCUGUUCUGGGAUACACAUGGAAAUGUCUUAAUGCCUUCGUUAAAGGAUGUCCUUAUUUUUUAAAAGAUGUUCAAAUUGUUUGUUGUAGUUGCCUGUCUUUUUUUUGGUCCAACAUCUUGACUCAUCACUCAUGCCUAUUUCUCUAACUGUUGUCUGAAAGUUAAAGUAAGUUGUUUUUUAAAGACUGUUUUUUUUUCUUUUUUGGGAUUUAUUUUAAACUUUCAAUAACUCCUUGAACUGCUGUUUUGCUUCUUUUUUAAAAUUGCAUUUCAGUCUGUCAAUUGUAAGGAACUGAUUGACAUGAUUGGUUAUUGGGAUUGAUCUGGUUACAGGGUAUCCAUCUUAUGAUUGGACGGGAUGAUUUUAUCUUAUGCAAAAAGCUUGAAUUAAAUCACCUGUACAGCAAUUAAAAACGCUUAUUACAAUGUU